AAAUAUUUAUGAAAAAUGGGAAUUUAUGUGUUUUUAAUGACUUGUCUUCUUGCUAUCCACGUCUUUGCUGAAGAUGACGUCAUACUUGCUGUCUUGGGAAAUGCUGUAGUUUUGGAUUGUAAGAUUCCCCAGACAGACACCAUUAUCUGGGAUCGACCAGACGGUACUAUCAUCGCCAUCAAAGGCGUCCUACACCGGUCUGUGAACGCCAGCAGGUACUCGGUACAGAACACCACCUUGCUGCAGUCCCUCAGCAUCCACAAUUUGAUGCUCCAAGACGACGGUGUGUACAGGUGUUACGAUCUCACGGACGCCGGUAUUAAACAGAACUUCACCGUCAAUAUAUUUGUCCGCCCUACUCAGUUUUCUGUUAAGGGGCCAGUGGGAACUGUCAACGAGGGUUCUGUACAGACUCUGACGUGCCGGGCGGACGCCGGGAUCCCCCCGCCGUUUGUGCGAUGGCACUUAUUAGGUCCAAAUACAAAUGGAACAACAUACACAGGAUUUAACUCGGAUACUAAACAUCCUAAUGGAACGAUAUUACGAGUGAAUACCCUACGACUUCAAAUCAGCAGAGAGAUGUAUAAAGGGUCCAUCAUCUGUGAUACCAGCAUACAGUAUUACUAUCAAGUUCAGCAGACGGUUGUUCUGGAUGUCAACCUUGCACCAUUGACGCCCAUCUUUGAUGGCUUCACUGGUUUAUUUGACGAUGGCGAUUCUAAACCCAUCACAUGUCACAGUAACGGAAGCAGACCCGCGGCAAAUAUAUACUGGAUGCUGAAUGGUGUACGUUUAAACAGUACGUCCUCACAAAGACUCAAAAACGCAGACGAUACAUACCUUGUCAGAGGAACUUUAAUCUGGAAAUUAACUAAAGCCAUGGAGAACCAGGUUCUCUCCUGUGUCGUCACAAACUCAGUUCUGCAGACGACAACCACACGCAGUCGUAGUCGUUCAGUUGUACUCCUCCCGAACUAUUCUCCUUCCAUAUCGGCAGAUAACGGUACUCGGACAGUUAUAGAAGGGAAAUCGCUUGUUCUUCAUUGUGUUAUUGAAGCCCGACCUCUUCCCCCGGAGUCACAAAAGCUAUGGUUCUUCAAUGGCCACCCUAUUUCAGAUUCAAAUUACAAUAACAUCACACGCUUUGAUGUAUCGUUGUCCAUGCUUAGAAUAAGCAUUUACAUCAAAAAUAUUCAUCGAAACCAAAGUGGUCAAUAUAGUUGUCAAGGUUAUAACCACCUUGGAGCUGCUAAAAGUCCGGUCAUGAAUGUACAGACACUGUAUAGCCCUAUUUGCUCUUUCUCUGGCGUUCAAAAAUAUGCUGUUCCCAUUGGUGGUCGAGUGACCCUCACGUGCCGUGUAACAGCCAAUCCAAAUAAUGUUACUAUGAGAUGGCGAUAUAUACAGAGAAAUGCUCCAAUAAAAACAGGACUUCUUGGUGACGUAGAAUCUCAUACUGUAUCUUCAACAACUAUUGCAAUUGAUGUUACAUCAACCAGCCAGUACGCAGACAUCGCGUGUAUUGCAGCCAAUAUGGUUGGUGAUAUGUUGUUCCCCUGUCUGUAUCGUAUCAUGGAACCAAGCCCUCCUGAAAUCCCCCAAAACUGUUCUUUACACGCAUUGAGCGACACGGAGAUCCAAAUCGAAUGUACCCCUGGAUUCAAUGGAGGCUCCCCUCAGCACUUUCUAUUACAGAUGCUGGAAGGUUACAAUGACAGGAAUUUCAACACCAUUUCCAACCAUUCCACACCGAGCUUUAUAGUUCCCGGCCUAACACCGAAUACAAACUACACCUUCCGGAUGUGCUCGGGGUCUAGUGCUUUUGCCCGCACCAUCAGUUGUGGCGGAUCCUUGAGGGCCACUACCUUAGCAGCGCAUGGUGUUGACAAAAAGCGAAUAUCAUCGGCUACUUCAGAGGCUAGCACCACUCCAUACAUUGUAGGGGGUGUCGUGGGAUUUCUCGUUCUAGUGGUGCUGAUAUCGGUACUGGCCUAUUGUCUCCAUAAGAAUCGAAAGCGAGGCGGAAAUCCUUUACGUUCAAACCAAAUACCCUGGAGGACCAGUGAUUGGUUCAAAAAUACAGAAAGUAGUUCUACAAGUGUCGGUGUUAAACCAGGGAUUCAGAAUUCUGCGUUUGUGGAGGACACGGUCCAUUUGGAGAAAAAUAGCAAUGAAAAAGAACAUAGAAUACAAGAAGAAUCGAUAUAUCGGUUAGACAAUGCAAAACUCCGCAAUCUAGAGGAAAAGGACUCCAUUAAGCUUUCAAAGGCCAAUGCUACAACCCUUCUGGCUUUAUCUCGAGAAUAUAACGCUAAUGAAUCUGGAGACAAAGUUGAUAAGAUUGACUUUGGUUUCCUUGGCGACCAAGUUACUGAUCUUGAUGAAUUGUCUAAUCCCAGAAGUCCUGGAUUGAUGCUAACUUCCGGAAGUCCACAUCGUGAUUUUUCUUACAGCAAAACAGAUUUAGAUUUGAAAUCUCCGCAAAGUAAACCUCAAUGUCCAGAAACCCUGGACAAUAAUUUUGAUACAGAAACGAAGCAGAAGUCAUUAUGCACUCAUUCACUGAAUGACCUUCGAUCCGGUUCUGUAGCACAUAAACAGGAUUACAUCAAGCUGUCCUACACGGAGCCGGACUCUGGUGAUCCGCAAAAUCAAGUGUCUGCUUCAGAAGGAGAGAUUGAUGAUUUGAAGAGAACAUUCAUAUCUAGAUAUACACUAGAAUUUCUAAGGAAAGACGAUAAUGGUCCAUCGAAAACUCAAAAUAGCCCCGCUUCAUCCACUAGUAAUAUAUCAGGCGUGGAUAGUUACGGUGGAGCGCCCCGCAGACAGAGCUAUACCUUGGCGAUAAGCAGCGAUGAGGAGGGGAACACUAUGGUUAGAGACGUCCUCUCUGCAUCUGUCAACAUCUCAUCUUCAAUUUACGACAUUCCCAGAAACAGUGGAGGGUUUGAGGUGGAAGUGGAAUCCGCAGUGGCAGUGCCUGCAGAGAAGGAUUUAGUGGAAGAGGAAUCGCCAAAUAGUGAUUCGAGGCCAGACAGAGAGGUCAUAGCGAUGCUCUCACCAAAUGAGGGAUUGGAGGGAGAAAAGAGCGACAUACUCAAACAUAAAACGUCUCCUACACCGACAUCAGACAUCCCCGAAGAUAAUGAAUUUGGAAAAAGAAAAAUUAUCAAUUUAGAACUGAGUGAAAACUUGGUUGAAAAGAAAUCCCAUCAAACUAACCCAGAUAAUUCAAGUUCUUGUGGUGCUUAUUUCUAAAAUAAGAAUUGUAAAAAAGAGUAAUGUCCAUUGGUCUCUUUAAUAGUCAGACGUACCCUAUCUAUCUAAUUAAUACGAAUACAUGUGUAGGUUUGUUCCACAUCUGUUGCCUUUAGCAUACACAAAUGUUAAUAUUGUCUUUUAUUAAUUGUACAUUUGAUUUCCUUUCACAUAUCACAAAGGCCAUGAUUUCAUCGAUUAAUCAAUAAUGUCGUUGUUAGGAAGCAUCAAAUUACUAACUUCUCUCAUAAACUUAGCCUUUGUGUUCUCCAUUCGUUUAUACCUGAACAACCAGGGAGUGAUCCCAGCUGUUAAUUUGAUGUUUGAUUAAAAAUAUUGACAUGAAA